AUUCGGUCGGCAAAUCCAUCCUCCAUACCAAAAAUGCGCACAAAACUCACACGCUGGUGCACGUUAGCAGUCUAACCUGCUUCUCGAACGUUAAAUCUCACCUCUCCCAUCUCUCUCUCUCUCUCUCUCUCUCGACUCGUCAUUUAUAUGAAUGUUUCGCGGCGAUUUCAGAUUAAACACAAAACACACAGAAAGGAAGAAUAAUACCCUCCGUGACAAGAAUUACGAGGGGAAGAUUGGAGCGAAAGAGAAGCGAUUGAAAGAGGUUUUGAUGGUAUUUUCCGGUAAGAGAAGAGGCGGCGGAGAAAUACAAACCGUGGAGGAAGAUAUGGAGAAAUUGAAGCCGUUGCACAAUUUCGAUUUGCCGUGCUUGAAGUGGGGGAAUCAGAAGCUCCUACGGUGCAUGAAGGUGGAUUCAAACGGAGAUGCGUCGGCCGUCGAUCGCAAGCAAUCGUCGGAGAGUGGUGGUGGCGGUGGCUCUGUAAUCGGAACACGACGAAGGGAUUCGGAAUUUGAGAGACGAUUUAGAUCGAGUGAUGAUCGUAAGAUGGAGAGUUAUUAUAAGUUUUCUUCCUCGGAGAAAAUGAAGGCGAGAACCGGAGCUGCCGGAGAUGGUGAGAUCGAGGCGACUAGAGAGAAGCUGAUGUUCGAUUUUCAGAAGGAGGUUGGUAAGAUGAAGGAUGCCAUUCUUAGAGAAGGUCUUGUUGUUCCGCCGCCGCCGGCGACAACGUCUACGACGACGUCUAAUUCUCCGGCGGAGAGGCCAUGGAAUUUGAGGACUAGACGAGCAGCGUGCAAGGCUCCGCCGUCUCCAUCGAACGGAGUCAACGGUAACGGUGAUGUUCUGAAACCUAAUUCUUCUCCGGUAAGAAACGAAUGCAAAUCUCCGAAACACCGGCCUAUCAUCGGAAUCGCCACCGCAACUACAAGUGCCGAGAAGAGAGACAGACCAAAGUUUUCCAUUUCCCUUUCCCGUCGUGAGUUGGAGGACGAUUUCAUGGCUAUGGCCGGUCGACGACUGCCGCGUAAGCCGAAGAAACGGCCACGGAUUGUUCAAAAACAAUUGGAUACUCUUUUCCCGGGAUUGUGGUUGUCGGAAAUAACUGCCGAUCUGUACAAAGUUCCCGACGAGAUCGAAACCGGAAAGAGGUAGCAUUAGGGAUAUGGUUGAUCACUAAUAAUUGGAUACUUGCUGCUUGAUUUCUUCUAAUUGGAAACUGAUCGGAAGGGUUCAAAUUUCCAGAUAAGAUCUUGGUGUAAACUUGGGUUUUAUGCUAAUUUUGAUUCUAAUGGCUAAAAACAUGUUC